GACCCUCUGGCCUUGGCUACUUAAGAGAGCAAGGCCCGUCCACCGUGCCACAGUCCCGGCCUACUCUGCUGAGAAUCCAGGAUGGGGGCCUUGGCCAGGGCCCUGCUGUCCACCCUGCUGGGGUUCCUGCUCACGCCCACCCCAGGGGCUCUGGGCGCCAACCCUGGCCUGGUGGCCAGGAUCACUGACAAAGGCCUGGACUACGCGGCCAGAGAGGGGCUGGUGGUCCUGCAGAGUGAGCUGCGUGAGAUCACACUGCCUGACUUCACUGGGGACUUCAAGAUCAAGUUUGUGGGCCGUGGUCACUAUGAGUUUCACAGCCUGGACGUCCGCGCCUGUGAGCUGCGCGGCUCUGCUCUGAAGCCCCUGGCUGACGGGGGCCUGAGUCUGUCCGUCUUCGACUCCUUCAUCCAGGUCCAGGGCCGGUGGAAGGUGCGCAAGUCCUUCGUGAAACUGCAAGGCUCCUUUGACCUGCAUGUCAAGAGCAUCACCAUUUCUGUCAAGCUCCUGUUGGGCAGCGAGCCCUCAGGGAGGCCCACGGUCACUACCUCCAGCUGCAGCAGCCACAUCCAUGAUGUGGGUGUGGACAUAUCAGGAGAUCUGGAGUGGCUACUGAACCUCUUCCACAACCAGAUCGAGUCCAAGUUUCGAAGAGAGUUGGAGACCAAGAUUUGUGAAAUGGUUGAGGAAUCAGUGACCUCUGACCUACAGCCUUAUCUCCAAACCCUGCCAGUCAUAGCAGAGAUUGACAGCGUGGCAGGUGUCGACUACAGUUUAAUGGAGGCCCCUCGGGCAACCGCCCAGAUGCUGGAUGUGAUGUUUAAGGGUGAAAUAUUCCAUCUUAAUCACCGCUCCCCAGUGGCCUGUCUUGCCCCUGCCCUGAGUCUUCCUGAGGACCACGACCGGAUGGUCUACUUCGCCAUCUCUGACUACGUCUUCAACACCGCCAGCCUGGUGUACCACCAAGCAGGGUACCUGAACUUCUCCGUCACAGAUGACAUGAGUCCACCCGACUCUACCAUCCGACUGACCACCAAGUCCUUCCGAGCCUUCGCCCCCCGGAUAGGCAGGCUGUACCCCAACUUGAACUUGGAGCUCCGGGGAGCAGUGGUUCAGGCCCCACUCCUGAACUUCAGCCCCGGGAAACUCUCCUUGGCCCUCCAGCUGGAGAUCGAGGCCUUGGUGCUCCUGCCUAACUCCGUCAAGGAGCCCGUCUUCCGGCUCAGUGUGGCCACUAAUGUAUCCGCCACGUUGGCCUUCAACACCAGCAAGAUCACUGGGUUCCUGAACCCAGGAAAGGUUCAAGUGGAACUAAAAGAAUCCAAAGUUGGAGUAUUCAAUGUGGAGAUGUUGGAGGCGCUGCUCAACUACUACAUUGGAGAGAAACUCUACCCCAAGGUCAAUGAUAAACUGGCUGAAGGCUUCCCGCUCCCUCUGCUAAAGCGUAUCCAGCUCCAUGACCUUGUUCUUCAGAUUCACAAGGACUUCCUGUUCUUGGGUGCCAAUGUCCAGUAUAUGAGAGUUUGAGGACAAGAAGAAAGAUGGGUCUCGGAGGCCACAGCUGGACCUGCCAGUCACAUUUCCAGAUGUGCAGCACAUCUCCGGGGAUUCCUGAAGGGCUGUUCUCGGCUCUGGGGGUCCUUCCCCCACACUCUUCCUCUUCGCCAGGUGCACCAGACCCUCUCUGGCUCCAGACGACUUUCUCCUCCAUUUGGGUCACCCUCCCCCACUGACCUGUGACAUCUUUAAGAGCAGACUCUGUAUUUUUUACACCCCAUCUGAUCCCAUGUCUAGCAGAACCCUAGCCUUUGUAAGUCCUCAAUAAAUAUUUAUUGACGAAUCGA